AGAUCCGACCCCAAAGGUUUCUUUUUAGCAUACGACAGGGAAAGUUAUAUCAACCCUUCUCUCUCUCUCUCUUAAAAGGGUCUUCUUCGGUUAUCUUUUUCAGAUCUCCAUCUCUCUCUCUCCCCUUUCACGGAUCCUCUGUUUUUUUUUGGUAGAAGAUGGGUGUUGAGGUUGUAAACUUCGGCGGAUUUGAGGUUGCUCCGGCUCCUUUCGAAGCGAAACCCGAAACCAACGGGAAGGUGGAGCAAGGCAAAGGAGAUAAAGUCGCCAUCAAGUCUGGUUCACACGGUGAGCCGCCAAAGAAAGCUGAAGAGAGUAGUAGCAGCAGCAAGAUCUCCUCUGAUGUACCAAAAGAUGCAGCAGAGGAGUGGCCUGCGGCUAAGCAGAUCCGCUCUUUCUACUUUGUAAAGUACCGUCGAAAUGACGACCCCAAGAUCAAAGCUAAGCUUGAGGUUGCUGAUAAGGAGGUUGAGAAGCUGAACAAGGCUCGGAGCGCAGUUAUUGAAGAGUUGAGAGCUAAGAAGGCGGAGAGAUCCAAGUUAUUUGACAUGUUGGACCCGUUGAAGUCAGAGCGUCAAGGGUUCAACAACAAGUUUGAUGAGAAAAGAAAAGAGAUGGAACCUUUGCAGCAAGCACUGGGGAAGCUAAGGGGGAAUGAUGGUGGGAGUUCCCGUGGGCCUGUUAUCUGUUCUUCCCAGGAAGAGCUCAACAGUAUGAUAUACAGCUACGAGUACAGGAUUCAACAUGAAAGCAUUCCCUUGACCGAGGAGAAGCAGCUUCUUAAAGAGAUCAGGCUGCUUGAAGGGACAAGAGACAAAGUCAUUGCUAAUGAGGCUAUGAGAGCCAAGAUCAAAGAAGCUAUGGGUCAUAAAGAUGACAUCCAAGGUCAAGUUAAGUUAAUGGGUGCUGGUUUGGAUGGAGUGAAGAAAGAGAGGCAAGCGAUAUCAGCAAGGAUCAAUGAGCUGAGUGAGAAGGUGAAAGCAACUAAAGAUGAGAUUCAGGUGCUGGAGAAUGAGCUCAAGACUGUGACUGAGAAGAGGGACAAAGCUUACUCAAACAUUCGUGACCUUAAGAAGCAAAGCGUUGAGACGAACUCAGGUUUUUACCAAGGCCGUAACGUGUUGAACAAAGCUAGAGAGUUGGCUGCGCAAAGGAACGUAGAUGAGCUUGAGGCGCUAUCCAAUGCGGAGGUUGAGAAGUUUGUCUCUCUCUGGUGCAGUAACAAGAACUUCAGAGAGGAUUACGAGAAGAGACUCUUGGGGUCACUUGAUGCUAGGCAGAUGAGCCGAGAUGGACGGAUGAGGAACCCUGAAGAGAAGCCUCUUGUUGCUCGAGAGGCACCAUCAGCUAAGGCAGCGCCUUCUGUAACCGAGGUUGUCCCUAAACCUAAGGCAAAACAGCAGCAGCCGAAGGAGGAGGAAGUUUCUGCACCUAAACCAGACGCUGCUGCUCCUGUUGCUCAGAAGGCUGAGAAAGCUAAAGAAGCAGUGAAAGGAAAAAAGAACGUUGUUGUUGAUGAUGAUGAUGAUGAAGAAGAAGUAUAUGGUCUUGGAAAGCCGCAGAAAGAAGAGGAAGAGGUCGAUGAAGCUACGGUGAAAGAGAUGAGAAAGCAAGAGGAGAUUGCUAAAGCCAAGCUAGCCAUGGAAAGGAAAAAGAAGCUGGCAGAGAAAGCCGCUGCUAAAGCUGCCAUAAGAGCUCAAAAGGAAGCUGAGAAGAAAGAACAAAAGGAGCGAGAGAAGGCGGCCAAGAAGAAGACAGGAGGCAGCAACGCAUACGAGGCCAUCUCUGAGGAAGUUCCAGAAGCUUCUGAGGCUGAGAAGGAGGAGACUGAAGCUCCAGUGGAGGAGAAACCAAAGAAGGAAAAGAAAGUCUUGAAGGAGAAACCAAUAAGGAACAGGAUCCGCAAUAGAGGAGGACCAGAAACACUCCCGAGACCAAUGCUCAAGCGUAAGAAGCAGACUAACUACAUGGUUUGGGCUGCUCCAGCUGCUGUUGUGGUACUAAUGCUUCUUGUCUUGGGUUACUACUACGUUCUCUAGAUCAAGGGAAGCUGCGUUUGCUGUAGUUUGGGAUCUUCUUAAAGCUUUCUUUUGAGGAUGAGACUCUUUAAAACUUAUGUCUCAUUUACAUACUGAGUAGAGACUCUUCCCUUUUAAAAUACUUCUUUACAUUUCACUCUCUUUGUUGUUUUCUCUUCUUUUGUUGAGGCUUUUAACUUUGAAGUAAGAAAACUCUUUUUGUUACAUCUUA